AUGUCCAGCCCGCAGGAGGAGAACCAGAAGGAGAACCAGGAGCAGAACCAGGAGGAGAACCAGGAGCAGAAGCAGGAGGAGAACCACGAGCAGACAGAGGAGAAUAAUACGGGAGUGAAAGAGAAUAAAAUUGAGCAGAAAGAAGAGAAAACGGAGGAAAAGAAAGAAGAACAGAAGGAGGAGAAGAAGGAGGAGAAGGAGGAGAAGAAGGAGGAGAAGGAGGAGAAGAAGGAGAAGAAGGAGGAGGAAUCAUGGACGGACUGCAUCUACAACCGGAGGACCGGAGAGUUCCUCGGUCGCACCGCCAGCAGCUGGGGUCUCAUCCUGCUGUUCUACCUGGUGUUCUACGGGUUCUUAGCGGGGAUGUUCUGCCUCACCAUGUGGGUCAUGCUCCAGACGCUCGAUGACAACGUUCCACGCUGUCAGGACCGGGUCUCCAGUCCAGGUUUGGUGAUUCGUCCUCACGCAGCAGAAAUCUUCUUCAAUCGCAGCGAUCCCGAAAACUUCCAACCGUUCGUCGUCCAGCUGAACGAGCUGCUGCAGCGUUAUAACGACAGCGUGCAGGAGCGUAACGACCUGUGUCUGGUGGGAGAGUUCACGGAGCAGGACGGCGAGCAGCUGAAGAAGGUUUGUCAGUUUAAACGCAGCACGCUGCAGCAGUGCUCCGGCCUCAGCGACGCUAGCUUUGGAUACGCAGACGGGAAACCCUGCGUCAUCGUCAAGAUGAACCGGGUGAUUGGACUGAGACCACGAGGAGACCCUUACAUCAACUGUACUGCCAAGAGAGACACGCCGUUACAGAUGCAGGUCUUCCCGUUCGAGGGCCGGAUGGAUAAAAUGUUUUUCCCCUACUACGGGAAGAAUGGUCAUCCGGACUACGUGCAGCCUCUGGUCGCCGUGAAGCUGCUUUUAACGAAAGAAGACUACAACGUGGAGCAGACGGUGGAGUGUAAGGUCGAAGGCGCAGACCUCCGGAACAACGAUGAGCGUGACAAGUUUCUUGGCCGCGUCACCUUUCGGGUCAAAGUGUCCGAGUAG